UUAGAAUUAGAAUGGUAGGACCAAAGCAAUCCAAGUCCCCAACUUCCAGUUGUAACCGUCAACAUUCAUUCUCUCAUUCUCACUUCUGAAACUAACAAACUUUCUUCUUCACUUCAUAAUCUCUCUUCCAAUCCAAUGGCUUCAUCUCACUGUAGCUUAGGGACACAAAAUGUCAAAGUAUUAAACUUGCACUUUGGUCAAGAAAGAGCUGAGUUUUCACAACAUUUUGGUACUAGAAGUUGGAUCAGUAGGAAGUCACUGCAGUACGCUAGACUGGUUGCGUCAAAGCAAACAGUUAGAUCUUUAACCCCAUCUAAUGACCAAUCAGCAGAGAUCCAAUCUGUUUCAAGGUCAGAAGAUGGUUCUGAAGAGAGUAAAUCUUCCGGUUUGACAAAUCAACUGUUUCCCAAUUUUAAUGAUGUGGAAUUCUUGCUCACUAACUUAUGUGAUACGGCAUCAAUUGGAGAGCUAGAAUUAAAACUUGAUGGAUUUCACCUGCGUGUAGUGAGGGAUUUGACUGAAAAAUCUAAAACACUUCCUCCUUCAAUUCCUGCUCCUGUAAGUAUAAAUACACCCGCAGAAGCACCUAAACCAAAUGGAUCAGUUUCUACAUUGACAACAUUGGCCAUCUCGAAGCCAGCACCUUCUUCAUUAUCUAUCGAGGGAUUCCUAGAAAAAGCUGCAGAUGAAGGGUUGGUGAUAAUUCAUUCUCCAACGGUUGGCAUCUUCAGAAGAUCUCGGACGAUAAAGGGAAAACGUGCUCCUCCUUCAUGUCAAGAGAUGCAAAAUGUUGAGGAGGGGAAAGUGAUUUGUUACAUUGAACAGCUUGGUGGGCAGCUACCAGUUGAGUCUGACGUGUCCGGGGAGGUCAUCAAGAUUCUAAGAGAGGAUGGCGAUCCUGUUGGUUAUGGUGAUACACUUAUAGCAAUAUUGCCGUCAUUUCCCGGAAUAAAGAAGCUUCAAUAUUGAUCUUUCAAUUUUUUUUCCUUCAAAAAAUGCAUAGAUUCACUGUAAUUGUCUGAUACUUUGAGAACAAGUUAUAUGGUAGUUCAAUAGAUUAUACUCCCUGCAGUAUUCAACACUCAUAUACUGAGGCUAUUUUUCCCCAAAAGGAAGGAUAAGGAUAAAAUGCCAACCCUGCUUUCUCAU